AUGGAUUUCAGGACUUCAAAUGAAGAGACAAAGACUGGGGUUUAUCUGCUGCAAGAUGGUAACGAGGAGCCUUUCAAUAUUCGACUGCACUUGGCUAAAGACAUUCUGACCAUUCAAGAGCAAGAUGUCAUCUGCGUGUCAGGAGAACCAUUUUAUUCCAGUGAGAGAACUGUAACGAUCAGAAGACAGACGAUUGGAGGUUUUGGCUUGAGCAUUAAGGGAGGCGCAGAACACAAAAUCCCUGUUGUGAUAUCAAAAAUAUCAAAAGAGCAAAAAGCUGAACUGUCUGGGCUGCUGUUUAUUGGAGAUGGGAUCCUCCAGAUAAAUGGAAUAAAUGUUCGAAGCUAUCGCCACGAGGAAGCGGUACAGGUUUUGCGAAAUGCAGGAGAGGAAGUCACUCUGACUGUGUCUUUCUUGAAGAAGACACCUGCUUUUCUGAAACUGCCCCUCUGUGAAGACUGCACAUGUGUUCCAAGUGACCAGAGCAGUGGAACGUCCUCCCCUCUGUGCGACAGUGGCUUACACCUGAACUACCAUCCUAACAAUACAGACUCACUGUCCUGCUCAUCUUGGCCCACGUCCCCUGGGCUCCGCUGGGAGAAGAGAUGGGUGGACCUGCGCCUUAUUCCUCUCCUCCACUCCCGUCUGUCACAGCACAUCCCGGGCUCUGACGUCUGCAGGAAACAUGCAUUUCAAGUCAUAGCUGUGGAUGGGGUUUGCAGUGGGGUUAUCACGUGCCCCACUGCUGAAGACUGCCUAGAUUGGCUCCAAGCAAUAGCAGCCAAUAUAUCAGCUCUCACCAAGCACAAUGUGAAGAAGAUUAACAGAAACUUCCCAGUUAAUCAACAGAUUAUCUACAUGGGCUGGGUAGAUGAGAAGGAGCAGGACUCCGGUCAGGACCGAAUGUAUUCACCAAAGUUCCUCGCCUUAAAGGGUUCCUCACUCUUCAAGUUCUCAGCACCUCCUGUGACUACAUGGGACUGGACCAGGGCAGAGAAGAGCUACACCGUGUACGAGAUCAUGUGUAAAGUUUUGAAGGACAGUGACCUCUUGGACAAGCGGAAGCACUGCUUCAGCAUCCAGACGGAGUGUGGGGAGGACAUGUUCUACAGCGUAGAGCUGGAGUGUGAGCUGCUCAUCUGGGAAAAAGCCUUUCAGAUGGCUACUUUCCUGGAGGUGGAGAGAAUACAGUGUAAAACAUAUGCUUGCAUCAUGGAGAGCCACCUGAUGGGGCUGACCAUAGACUUCAGCAUGGGCUUUGUCUGCUUCGAUGCUGCUUCAAAAGGGGUGCUGUGGAGAUACAAAUUCUCCCAACUGAAAGGAUCGUCUGAUGAUGGGAAGAGCAAGAUCAAAUUUCUGUUCCAAAAUCAGGACAAUAAAGCAAUUGAAGCCAAGGAGCUGGAAUUUUCUAACCUCUUUGCCGUGCUGCACUGUAUCCAUGCAUUCUUUGCUGCCAAAGUUGCUUGCCUGGAUCCGAUGUUUUUGGAGAGUCAAGGUGCUGCGACUACCGCUGGGGGGGUUUCCACGCUCACCAGUGUCUCCUGUAAUACACAGACAUCCAGAAUCAAAUACUCCAUCUGACAGAGCCUGCUCAGCCCCUCUCCUUAUCCCUCUCUCCCGAGUCCCCCCUCUCCCCUAAGACACUGCACUUUUACUACAU